CGUGUUCGCCCGGGGCGCGGCCCCAGUAAGGCGGUGGUGGCGUCUCCCGCCGCGGACAGCCAGGCACGGACCCUGAGGAGCUAGCCGAUUCGACUGUACGUCGGUCAGAAGCCAGCGUUUGGAAGCCGGCCGAGAUGGGGCCGGGUUGAACCGCCCGCCGCCGGACGAGCAGCGCGGCCAAGGAUGGAGGGGCCGGCGGAGUUCAGCCCCGAAGCCGUGCUGCGCUUCCUCUCGGAGCGCGGGGGUCGGGCCCGGCACGCCGAGCUGGUGCGGCACUUCAGGGGUGCCCUGGGCGGCGAGCCCGAGCAGCGCACCCGCGCCCGCGCCCUUUUCAAGGAGCUGGUCAAUGCGGUGGCUACGGUGCGCACCGACCCUGCCGACGGCUCUAAGUACGUGCACCUUAAGAAGAGGUUCUUGGAGGAGGCCCCACCGUCCGAAGCCGUGCCCCCACGGGACCUCCCCAGCAUCUCGGUGACUGCAGAGCCCGAGUCCAGCAGCUGCGCCCCUGGGGCGCCCGACGGCCUGGUCGAGACCCGGGAGAGCGGCCUGUGCGCAGAGACGGCGUCCCCGGAGGCGUCCCCAAGUCCACGUUGCGAGCCCCCGGCCGCAGCGCUUGGGCGGCCAAGCGCGGCGGGCGAGAGCCGGAACGGGCUGCGCCUGAGCGGCGGUGCCCGGAGGAAAAACUCGCGGCGAGACAUGCAACCUCCCCCCCGGGGACCGGUCCCCGGGCCCAGCGAGGACCUGGCGCCCCCGCCCCACGGCUGCGGCGAGAUGGACUCGGGCAGCUCCCCCGGGGGCGUAACCACCCCAAGGUCUACCCGCCAGAACCUCCGGGACCUUGUGAUGGGCAGCUCCCCGCAGCUGAAGAGGAGCGUUUGUCCCGGGGGGAGCAGCCCGGGCAGCUCCUCUGGGGGACUACGCGGCAAAGGCGGGGGCGACUCAGACAGCGCAUCAGUCGCUUCGUCGUCGGCAGAGGAGGAGAGCAGCGGCGGGGGUUCAGUGACGCUGGACCCUCUAGAACACGCCUGGAUGCUCUCAGCCUCUGAAGGCAAGUGGGACAGCCUGGAAGGGUUGCUCACCUGCGAGCCCGGCCUGCUCGCCAAGCGAGACUUUAUCACUGGCUUCACCUGCCUGCAUUGGGCCGCCAAGCACGGCAGACAGGAGCUCCUGGCCAUGCUGGUCAACUUCGCUAACAAACACCAGCUGCCAGUGAACAUCAACGCCAGGACAAGCGGAGGCUACACUGCCCUGCACUUAGCUGCCAUGCACGGGCAUGUGGAGGUGGUGAAGUUGCUGGUGGGGGCUUACGACGCAGACGUGGACAUCAGGGACUACAGUGGGAAAAAGGCCUCUCAGUACCUGAGUCAGAGCAUCGCGGAGGAAAUCAAGAACCUGGUGGGAGCCCUGGACGAGGACGAUGGAGAGAGUGCCACUGGCAGCGGGGGUGGGCGUUGGAGGCUUUCAAAGGUGCUCCCUUCACACCUCAUCACCUACAAACUCUCACAUGUUCUGGAGGAUGGAGGGGAUCAUCACCAUCAUCACCACCACCACCAGCACUUGACUGAGGGAUGGGCUGGAGCCAAAGCAAAGGAUCCAGGUCGCAAGGGCCCCGGCAGCUCUAGUGGACGAAUAAAACCCAGACUCAACAAAAUCCGCUUCCGCACCCAGAUCAUCCACACUACACCCUCUUUCAGAGACCCGGAGCAGCCACUGGAGGAGGGGGAGGAGGAAGAGGAGGACCGGCCUCUUAAAGGCCACUCAUCCUCAUUCAAACUGAGGCCGAAGUCCAAUGUAUUUGGGUAAAAAUAAUUCCUUUUAGGAAAUUCUAGGUUUAUUGGUCUUCAGGAAUAGAAUACACAGUGUAGGCAAGGAAGAGAGACCAGAAAAGAGGCUAAAUUCUGCAUUCUUACUUGGGGAGUUGGAAUGGGUGGGAGGAAUUCCCCCUACCAUUCUCUGUGAAGUAGGUUUCCAGUGAUUUUUUUCAUCAAACCGUGCCCUAGGCCUCUUUUCCCUAUGCCACCCCUCUGCCCUGGAGUCCCUGUUUCUGAGGACUGGAAAUGUAUUUAAAUUGGGUGUACAGAAUUGAUGAUUGAGGGUUCCUUUGAUUUUACCAUUACUGGAUGCCAUGCAAAAUAAGGAAUAUUGCACUUUCAUGUUUCUGUUUUUAAAAGUGAUUACUCUUCCAAGAGCAACAAGAAAUGCAGGUUGUAAUGAAAUUGUAAGUGUGAACAAAACUACAUACUGCUCUGGUUUUUUGUUUUUUACAAAUUGCAUUUACCUUUUAAAAUACUACUGAAGGUCAGGUCAAAGUUGAAAAGCGACAAUACCAUUUAGAGAAUAAUGUGAAUAAAAAUGGUAUCCUGUUUGUGUUGUAAGUAGUGCUCAACUAUUUUUUUAAAAAGCAAUUUCAACUUUAAUCACUGAACUAAAGAUACAGGCAACAUUCAUUUUUGAGGUAAUCUAUAGUGUGGUUUCCUCUUAACUAUCUCUAGUAUCACUGCACUCAGUGUUAAGGUACAUUAUUAAUAACUACACAAAUUUUUAUUUAAAGAGAACACUUAACAACCUAUGGUACUUUUAAGUAAAACAUUGCCUUUGGUUCUGAUUCUCACUAAUUUGUUUUGCUAUUAUAAGUCUAAAUUUGCCAGAGUUUUAAUUCUAGGGAUCAUAUAACCAUUGGUUCUAUUUGACAUGACCCUAUUUGGUGGUACUUAGAUGUGAAUUGCCUACAGAAUCUGUUUCUGAUUUAGACGACUAGCAAAAAUUGGAGUAAUUAUUAAAUCAAUGAUUCUCACAUAAGGUACACUUUUUAUUUUACUAAUAAAGUACACUCAUUGUGCUCAUAGUCUGUGCUUUGUAGCAAUGUUUGCAAAUGUUUAUAAUACUAAAGACUUUCAAUUUUCCAAUGUUUCCUUGAAUUUCUUAGAGACGUACAGUGAAGUUAUUGAAAAGCUGGAUAGUAAAUCUACCCAGUUAAAAAUAGCACUUUAUAAAAGGGAAAAGAGAAGAGAUGGGACUAUUUAUUUAAAUGCUGCUGGCUAUUGAAUUCUUUUGUAUAUAAAUGAAAAAUACCUUUCUUUAAGAUUACAGAGUUAAGUGUAGUUCUUAAUCACAUUUCAUUAAAAUUUGUUAAGGUAAACGUCUAUAUAAUAUAAAAUUUAACUCACAAGCAUAUUAAAUCAAUUUGUAACAAGAUUCAAAACAACUUUUUGGGAGACUAAUUCUAACAAGUCCUUCUCUCUCAGUUUUUUUUUGGUGUCCUAACUGCUGAAAUGUAAGUACCUGCAGCCCAUAGAGGUACAUAAGAUGUGUAUAAAUGUGAAUGAACCAGUAUAUAAAUGGCGCAGAACUGGAGACUUAAGAGAGUUCUUAGAUCUUUACUUUCCCAAGUAGGAGAAAUUUGUACCAAGUUUGUCAACCUUUCUAGAUAGCAAUUGAAUUUGUUUAAAGACAUAUCAAAAAUAUUCACAUAAAAUAUAGAAACUAUUAUCCAUUUGUGUGCUCUUUUUUUUAGGAUUAUGGAAGUGGGCUAGGUACCUUUGAGAAGCACUUUUAUCCAUACAUAUGGAUAAAAACAGUCUAAUUUUGUAUAAAUAGAGGUUCCUUGAAGGUGAAAAGCAGUCAUUUGUUUGGAAUCAUAUACAGAUUACCUGUAUCUAGUGCAGAACAAGCUAUAUAACUUCCCACCAAGGAAUCUGACAUUUCUUUUUUUUUUAAAGAUUUUAUUUAUUUAUUUGACAGAGUGAGACACAGCGAGAGAAGGAACACAAGCAGGGGGAGUCGAGAGGGAGAAGCAGGCUUCCUGCGGGGCAGGGAACCUAAUGUGGGGCUCCAUCCCAGGACCCUGGGACCAUGACCUGAGCCGAAGGCAGGGGCUUAACAACUGAGCCACCCAGGCACCCUGGAAUCUUAUAUUUCAUUGACAUAUAAAGCUAAAGUGAACUAUAAAAAGUAGAUACUUCAGAGCCAUCUAAAUGUUCUAUUAAAGUCAGUAUUAAUCUCAAAACGUCUAUAUUAGUAACUAAUUGCACAAAAUCUAUAAUUUACCGGAUUUUUAGAGAUUGAGUCAAUACUUCAUUUAACCUGCCUUUCACACUAAAGAUUUUAAAUUUUCCAAUAAACUCUAAAUUUUCAAAAAUCAUUCCUGAGGGGAACUACUUCUAACAUUCCUUGUCAUUAUGUGCUUGUGUGCAAUACGUAUAGCAUUUUCAUCUACUUAAACUCUACAUUCCUCUUAUUUUUCAGUUUCCAAAUUGAGAUUAUUAAAAGCAAAUGAUCUGUGUAAUUUGAUUUUGUGGAGUUGUGUCUGCCAUAUAUGUCAAUUACUUAGAUGUUUGUUGAUAGGAAACUGUAGGGUAGACAACCCAAGUAUAUCCAUGUGUUUCUUAUAGGUACACUUGAAACUAGUGAAUGUUUGGUCACAAUUCUCUACACUUUUAUGGUAUGUAAAAUGCAGCUAGUUUAUAUAACUUGAAAAUCUGGUACUAUUUUAUUCAUGACUGAAAUCUUGUGAGUCCAGUAUGCCUUGUCUCUUAUUUUUUAAAUGAGUGAAACUUUGGGAGUUUAUAGAGUAUAUAAUUUGUAAAAGUUUGUUUGAUCAAAAUAAAAGGUUCA